UCCAGCAGGAGACAGAUGCAGAUGGAGGGUGAAGGGCACCGUGCAGACCAGGGAUGUCCUGGUGGAGCUGAAGAGGGUGAAACUGUGGUAAAAUCUAAAGGGAAUAACCAUGGAAGAGCUUCUGAGAGCAACCAGGGGAUGGAGGGAUGCCUGGGGAUGGAGCAGAAGGAUGAAUUCACCCAUGGCAAGGGAGAUCAGCAGCUUUUUGCAGAAGAAAGUCUCUAUGAAUGUUCCCACUGCAAGAAAUGCUUCCAGGACAGGUCAGAGCUCAUUUGCCAUCAGAGGUUGCACAGAGGAGUAAAGACUUUUAAAUGCCAAGAGUGCAGAAAGGAGUUUGGGGAAAGCUCAGACCUUAGUUCCCAUCAGAAAAGUCACAUGGUGGAAAAGCCCUACCAGUGCUCAACAUGUGAGAAGUUCUUCAAGGACAGGUCGACCCUCAUCAGACACGAGAGAGUGCACACGGGAGAGAAGCCCUACAAGUGUCUAGAGUGCGGGAAGAGGUUCACCCGCAGCCUCGACAUCAUUGUCCAUCAGCGGAUUCACACAGGAGAGAAACCCUUUGAGUGCUCUGAGUGCGGGAAGAGGUUCAGCCAACGGUCCAACCUCUUCACCCAUCAGAUUGUACAUACUGGGGAGAAACCCUUCACCUGCCACGAGUGCGGGAAAACCUUCGCCCGGAGAUCAGAGCUCACCAUCCAUCAGCGAACGCACACUGAGGAGAAGCCCUACCAGUGCUCCCAGUGUGAAAAAUCCUUCCGGGGGAGGUAUGGGCUCUUCAGGCAUGAGCGGUUACACACAGGAGAGAAACCCUAUGAGUGCUCUGAGUGCGGGAAGAGCUUUGGCCAGAGUGGGGACCUUAUCACCCACCAACGUUUUCACACAGGAGAGAAGCCCUACCACUGCUCACAGUGUGGAAAGUUCUUCUGCAAUAAAUCCAGCCUCGUUAAACACCAGAAAUGGCAUCUGGGGGAGAAGCCCUACAAAUGCCACGACUGUGGGAAGAGCUUCGGGCAGAGCUCAGACCUCAUCGCUCACCAGCGGACCCACACAGGUGAGAAGCCCUACCCCUGUGCCGAGUGCGGGAAGAGAUUCACCAGGAAAUCCAGCCUCAUCGUUCAUCAGCAGGGACACAGAAGACACAGAACUGGAGAACGCUCAAAAUGUGGGAAGAGCUCAGAGGAAGACUCUAGCACUGGUGCUGCCAGGAACGUGGGCAUGGAGGACAGCUUGUCCCUGUGCUCCGAGUGUACAAAGCCCCUCGAGGAGGCAUCAGGCCUCCUUGAUCAGCAGAGGUGAUGCAGAGGAGAAAAAAAUCCUCCCAAGUGCCUGGAAGAGGAGAAAUGGCUUGGCUUAUCUUGGCUUGGCUUGGCGCCAAGAUCACACAAAAGAAGAAGAAAUGAGAGGAGCGUGGGACAUCUUCCUGUGUGAGAUUUAACCUUUUUUUUUUUUUUUUUUUUUUUUUUUUUAAGUCAGAGACUACUCAGGGGAAGAAAAAAAGAGUUCAACACUACAGCAUGGGUUCAUCAGUGAUGGAAAAAGGCCAGUUCCUCCUAAUUCCUCACAUUAUCAUGUAGAUCAUUCAGUAGCCUUCACUUAGCUCCCCCAGAAGCUUCAUCCAAACUGUUUUCUCCAUGGUGAGAGCCCUUCUAUCAUCCUAUUCCUUCUUUUUUUUCCCUAACACCUUGCUGUUGCAUUUUUUUAAGGUUAGCUGAGACAUGGUCCAUGCUCCUGUCCAAGUGUCUGUCACACAUCCAGCCUUGAUGCAUUAAACCUCAACUUAAAAAAAAUGGGUUGGCUGUUCCUAAGGAGAUUUUUAUUUUCAUACUAGAUAUUUGUGCAUAUGAUAAAAAUAUAAGGAAAGUUUAUAUUGCUAGAGGAGUAUUAGAGGAAUAAGCAUUUUUCCUCUGGCAGGUGUAGAUGUUUUAAAUGGUGGAGAAAAUUAAAACAACUGUCAUUGCUGGGGACAGGAGAGGGCAUCCUCCAGGCAAUCCAAGGGAUAAGAGUGAGAUUUCAGUGAAAAGAGCAUGAACUAAAAGGAUUAGUGGCCCAAAAGGAAACCAUUGGAGGCAAUUUAUAUCAAAUAUUCAAUAAAUAACCUGUUUCUUGCC